AUGGCCAUCCUAACAGAGGGUGGUAAUGAGGAUGAGGUUCAGAUCGUCAACGCUGUGACAGGUCAGUCCUUCGAAGAGUAUAUCAUGUUAGGAGAUCAAAAGAUACAUGGCGACGGAGAAACUGAACGUUACAUUACCGCGUAUCCUGGAAUAAUGUUCAAGAUUCAGAUCACUUUGAAGGCUGGUUUUUGCUUCCAGCAAUUUGAUGCAGUCGAGGCAAACCUUUAUUUCAAGGGACAGAGUACUUACUGCAGUCUAGCAGUUCUGAGUGACCCAAACCCAGAUCAUGCACACACCAAACAGGAUCUGAGAAUGGAGAUCGGUUGUGUAAACAUGAGCAACUACGGUAAAAACGUCAUCGGCGCUCCAUUUGUCUUCAAGGAACUCAAAAUCGAUGAAACUUUGUCGGGUCAGACUGAUAUAAUCGGCGUUAAUCCUAUCGACCUCGGAAGCUUUUUCGUCAGACUUAAUCGUCGAAGAAAUGAUCCAAUACCAAACAAUUGCCUCUCAAAAGAUACCACCACAGCCUUGUGGAAUGCCGAAAAGGUUGACAAGUCGAGUUUCAAGAAACAAGGAAUCACAAACUCUAUCGGGUUGGGUCAGAAUCGAAUAGCGACUAAAGAAUUUGUGGUCUCCUCCUACAAGUUCACUACUUCGGUUCCCCUCAUAUUUCAUUUCACCUAUCGUAAUUUCGGCUUUCUCGAACGUCCAGACGUUGUCCCUUGUCCGCCUCCCCUCUAUCACAGCCCUUGGAAGUCUCUUACUGACAUAGAGCGCCGAUGCGCCUUGAGAGAAUUACAAAAUCUUUGCAGAUCGCGCAGAGAGUUGUCCCCCGGCUUUAAACGUGAGUCUAAAGAAUGGCUUGCUUGGAAUGAUAUGCAACCAUCAGAGAGAGAAACUAAAGAACAGAGAAAAUUUGAGAGAGGAGUGAUCACAGGAUACUUCUGUGUUUUGCCUGGUGACAGAUCGAUCAUUCCGGAUGAAGAUGGCACUGCCCAGCAAUCUGCCCAUCCUCGCGAAUUGGCCAAAAUCAAACCCAAAUCUCAAGGUCCACCGAACGCGAUCAAGCAGGAGAUGAAACCCCCAAAAAAAGUUCUCACACGGAAUUCCAACUGCAAGAUAACCGGAAAGCAAAGGAUGAAAGAGGAGCAUCCUCAUUUAGAUCAUGCAGACUGGCCUCUGGAGAGCCGUUGGCAAAGAGACGAAAGAUCGCGCAGGAGCCAAUUGAUGCGGAUACUACUAACAAUGCUACGACCAGACAAGAAUCAAUAG